AUGCCACCCAUUAUUCCCCUCCAGUCCCAGACGACCCGUCUCCCGCUCACGAAGUUUUCUCACACAACCACAACCAUCAACCAUAGUGCUCCAUUAUCAUGGACCCACGUUAACAGCGAUGGAGAUCUUACAUGCAUACUAGAGCAGGUUCCUGGAGAAUUCUCUGUCCCACCAAGACUCGUCUUGAGGGUGGCUAGAAAUGAUGGCAUUCUGGAGCAACUAGACCUGGCACACUUUGCUCGUAUGUCAACGAAUCACAGCCACAAUGAGAAUAUUUUGCAGACGAAGCCUGCGUUCGCAGUUGUGGUCAAGUCGCCCUGUCUUGCAGUGAAAUAUCCUCAAAGCAGUAUGCAUAUUCGCAGAUUCCAGAUCAAAUUUUCCCGAAUCCCGGAUUACUUCACGGCCCUUGCUCUGCUCAGCGACAUCAACUGUCCACUGACUGAGGGAAGUACAUCGAUGUUACAACCACGAAAACUCCCUUCCUCCUCCUCUUGGGCAUCGUUUCAAGCACCGACAUUUGCAUCAAAGGAUGCAAGCACUUCCAUAACCUCAGACAAUGACGGCACAAUUCCUUUCUUCCCGAUGCCAGGAUAUAUACCCAGUGGAAUAACAAGUAAAUAUGUCCCUCUCGAAAACCCCAAGAUCUCAGCUCUAACAUUGGCCACUUCUUUAGCCCCCAACCCCCCGUCUUCGGCAUCCAGUCCUGUAUACAAUGUGGUUGGCCAAGCUGGGUCUUUUAAUCAAUUUCCAUUUGAGUCCACAGCAGCCUGGCCACCAAACCAACGGGCUCCACCGAAAGACCAACCACCCGAGCAACCCAAGAGCCGCCCUGCAACAUCGCCAGCUUUUCAUGGUGACCAGCUCGAUCAAAUGCUACCCCCAAAAAGGGAUCUUCCCUUUUUAAAGUCCAGUCAAAAAAGGCCUCGAAAAGAAGAUGUCAACCUGUCUUUGGAUUCACCGCUCUCAUCCAUAAGCAAGCCACCAGUUGAUACCUCCAUUGACGAGCAAAGUUGUAUACAGGCUGCUCACGAUACCUUCUCUGCACCAAAUGGCUCUCAGGUCUCCGAUUCGAAGUCCCAAUUUCAUUCCCAGCCCUUGGUUCCAUCGCAGCUCCUCCCUGAUACCCUCCAAAUGGACCAUCUCUUUCCACAGUCCCAAACAUCUCAACCGGAGGCCCAUACUAGCCUGGGUCGUGUGGAAUAUCAGGGAAAUUGUGAACUCGAAAGCGGGAAUGUUGCACCUAUGGAAGUCGGGCACCCAGUCGGAGUCGUGGGUCGUAGAAGCGGUAUUGCGCAACCAAAAGCGACAAAUGUCUCCGAGGAUCAGUUGCUGGCUUACCUCAGAGCACCGGAACCUGAGAGAAUCACGUUCCUGGAGAACUGGAUGUGUGAGCUUAUUGAGGACGAUACAUUCAUGGCUCUUUGUCAGGAUAUCGAAAUGACAUGGCAGCGGUUUGCGUUUGGGGUCAGAAAGUAG